AUGUCCAGAACCCGCGUCUCGAUAGGCUCCCCGCAGGAGUUCCUCAAUGAAGAGAAUGAAGCGGGAAAAAGGGCGAGACUUUCCGAUCAAGAAAAGUAUCCGGCUGGGGAAAUUCAGCGCAUGGAAGAAUCCGAACGCGCUUCAGGUGCUGCGAAGAGGCCCAGGGUGUGCUGUGACUCGGGAGAGAGGCCCGAAGGAUCUGUGGACACGGAAAGUACUUCAAGUUCAAAGUCACCCCAAACCACGAAAGAUUCGGACGAGUCUUUUCAAUGCCGAGGCCUGAAAUAUGAGCCUGGACGACGUAGGCUUGAUGCUCAUCAAAACUCGGAUGGUUCAUUCCAAUGCCGAGGCAUGCAGCAUCAGCCUGAACUAUUCGGGCAUGACUCCUCUGAAGAAUCGUUUCGAUGUCGAGGCCUUUCCGUCGAGGGACAGUCUGUUCUAUCUGGGACUAAUCUUUGCGCACAAGAGUCGGAUACGCGUGUCUCUGCGGAAGAGUCUUUUCAAUGUCGAAGCCUUUCUAAUACUAUGCAGGACCAGCCUGUCCUAUCUAGGCCGGAGCCUCGCCCACAAGCCUCAAAUUCCUGGGCCUCUAUCCGAGGCAACACCAAGCCUAGAAAGAAUAAGAAUUUCCUAGGCUUGACUUUAGAUCUCAGAGCCAUAUCCAAUUUCAAGAUCGAAGAUCGUCACCGAGGUGCUAUCCAACCCGAAGUUCCGCGCAAUCCAAGGUUGGAAGUAGCUGCCCCAGUCCCCCCUAUCGUCAGCAGUCCCUCGUCGCCAAGCUAUUUCAUCGAGACCGGCGUCAGCAGAGCUGGAAUACCGAUGUUGGGAAGUUCAAGACUUCGGACGCUGAAACUGGAGAGAAAAAACAAGGGUCGUCUUGAGGGAAUCAAAAAGGUUUUCAAAAAACUCAUGAGAAUCUCAAAGAUCAAAUGA